AUGCAUUCAAUAUUUUUUUUUAGAAAUGGUAAGGAGUUGUUAAAGAAUUCUCCGGGCAUCGAAUCAUCUUAUCAGAUUUACAACCACAUUAUUAAUUCGUGUGUAAAUGAAAAGAUUUCAUUCAUUUUUCAUGGCUGGACCGAAAGCUGCUAUGCUACCGAAUGGAUACCUCUAUUAAUAGAACGUUUAACAUUUCAUCGUGGUGGUUGUAUUAUUUGUGUCGACUACAGUUCCUGGUCUAAGAAAUCCUACAUAGAAUUAUUGCAAAAGUUCGAUCCCAUAAGUGAGAUUUUGUAUGAAGAAGUCUUGCAGUUAAUUCAAAUCGGCUUUAAUCCAAGCAAAAUUUUUAUGUUUGGUUUUAGUUAUGGAGGCCAAAUAGCUUCAAAGAUCGGACGAAUGUUGAAACCUCAAUACAAUAUAAACAAAAUUGACAUUUGUGAUAUGGCUGGACCAGGAUUUGAUUUUCUCAGCUAUUUGAAUCAUAGCGAGUCGGCGGAAAAUAUUCAAUGUUAUUACUCCAGCCUUGAUAAGGGUUCGCAUUUUCACAGUUGCCAUCAAAAUAUACGACUUGGUCAGUGUGGUUACACGCAACCGGCUAUACUAAGUCAACCAUAUUUCAGUAGCCACGGUCUGUGUGUGCAUAUAUAUAUUAAUGCGUUUGAUUUCCCAUUUUAUGCAUUUCAAAACUCUCCACAGUGGUGUGAAAGAGGCAAAACAAUAAGGAAUUUACCACAUGGUUUUACAGUGGGCUAUAGAGAAGGUGGCUACAACGACAUGACUGGUGACAUAUUUGUGCCCACCACUUUGAAUUAUCCCUAUAACUUGUCCAAAAAGGAAAUGAUUUUAUAUGAGAAGUAUUUAGAAGGCGCAUAAAUUGAAAUUUCCUUACAUGUUGAAAUAGCAUUGAUUUGAUUUAUAAUAAAGAACUACAUACACAAUAAUAUAAAAAA